AUCAACCAAAGGUCAUUCCAAGAAAUUUUUACAGCAGUUUCAUUUAACAAUAAAAUGUCUGGACAUGCCUGUAUACAAUCCGCUAAAAAUACUUUGAGAAAAAGUAUUAAAAGCAAACUUGGACUUUUGGAAGAGAAAGAUAAGUUGUUGCAAUCUGAAAAUGUAUUCAAAAAGCUUCAACAACUGCCAGUUUAUAAAAACAGUAAACGAGUCUCAAUUUACCUCAGCACGAGUAAUGAGAUAGACACAGAGCCUAUAAUUCAAGAUAUGUUCAAGAAUAAUAAGAAGUGCUUUGUACCACGAUAUGAAGGCGAUGACAUGAAAAUGCUAGCUUUACAUUCGAUGGAGGAUUAUAAUACUUUGCCGUUGACAAAAUGGAAUAUAAAACAGCCUGAAAGUGCUGUCGGAAGAGAAAAUGCUUUGGAAACAGGUGGUGUAGACUUAGUGAUCGUUCCUGGUGUAGCAUUUACAAGUUCGGGCUCACGUUUAGGCCAUGGUAAAGGCUACUACGAUACAUUUCUCAGCUCUCUCAAACCACGAGCCAAAACUGUAGCUUUGGCAUUCAAAGAGCAAAUUCUUGAUGAAAUUCCUUGCCAUGAUCAUGAUGUUCAAAUUGAUCAGGUACUUUACUCCGA